AGUCACUAUCAAGAGGUUUCUCUCCCCAAAGCAAAUUUUCGGGGGUUUUAGGGUUUUUUUCUUAGGUAUAGCAUUCUUAAAUCUUUCCUGGCUCUGCAGGUCCAUAAUGGAGUCAGUAGUAAGUGAGGUUGUUCUCUCAGGUUAUAUUUUCUCCUUCCUGAUUGGGUUUCCUGCCAACAUCCUGGCACUCUACGCUUUCAGUAUGAAGAUCCACCACAAGCCUCUUCCAGUAGACAUCCUGCUUCUCAACCUGACCAUCUCUGACCUGCUCUUCUUGAUCACCCUUCCUCUCAAGAUGCAUGAAGCAGUGUCAAGCAUGAAAUGGACUCUAUCCAACUUCAUGUGCGCCAUAACCUCCUUCAUCUUUUUCUCCGCAAUCUACACCAGCUCCCUGCUACUGAUGUCAGUAAGUGUGGUGCGCUAUAUAGGAGCGGCGUUCCCUAUCACCUAUCAACAGCUGCAAAAACCUGUGUAUGCGGCUGUUAUCAGUGCUGUGAUCUGGCUGAUCUCAGCAGGGCAUUGCAGCAUCACUUUCAUCAUCCAGCACCACCCAUCUCUUUCCAACACAAACUCCAGUGUGUGCUACGAAGACUUCACUGAGAAGCAGUUGGAGAUCCUCCUCCCAGUGCGUUUGGAGUUUUUCUUUGUGCUCUGCUUUGUGCCUCUUCUGAUUUCUAUUUACUGUUACUUACACUUGGUUUUGAUUCUGAACAGCCAUCCCAAAAUAUCCAAGGCACAAAGAAACAGAGCAAUUGGCAUGGCUUUGGGUACUCUUGCUGUGUUCCUUUUUUGUGUUCUGCCAUUUAAUUUGACUCAUUUAGUGGGUUACUUUAAGAGGGAAAGCCCAGAGUGGAGGUACUACACCUUGCUGCUUAGCUCCUUCAACACCUGUAUCGAUCCCAUCAUCUUCUAUUUUUCUUCCUCCAUCUUCCACUGCACGAGCAAAAAAUAAUUUCAGGAGGCAUUGGCAUGACGCUGCACAGCUGGACAGACAGCUUACCAGCUCUAAUCAAGAGUGAAAAAGACUUUUAAUAUUACCAUAGAGAAAUAAAUGUUAUUGAUUAUUCAACC